UCUGUGUUGUUCUUCAUUUCAGAAAAGUAAAGUGGAGGACUAGUUCACUAAUCUCCACCAAAAUUGACCUUUGAUUUCUCUCAUUUUCUCGCCUUACCUUUCCCCAAAAUAACUAAAACAGUUUAACUUUUGUUUGCUCAUAAUCAUUUUAGAUUCAGUGAAUCUAAUGACCUUUUUAUUUUAUGCAGCCUCCUGGAUCUAUUGGAAAAUAUCAUGGUGUUUUUCAUGCGCUUCAAGAAAUUGCCAGACAAGAAGGCUUGCAGGGUCUAUACAGGGGCUUAACUCCAAGGUUAGCUAUGUAUGUCUCUCAAGGAGCAAUUUUCUUCGCUUCAUAUGAGUUUCUCAAAGCUGUUUUUCUUUUGGAGAGUCCUGAAGACGCAACUAAAAUGAAGGAAAAUGAGAUAUGUUUAGAUGAUCAGGCAGCAGCAGGACUACAGAAAUUACCGGCGUAGCUGAACAUCACACUUCAACUAAACUUCUUAUCCAGUUUUGUUGCAUUAGGAGAGAUGGAAUGGCUUCAAAUCAAUAGCAGCAUAUUGCCAAAAGCAGCUUGUUUUGAUUUCUUCCUUCAAUGUAAUGAAUAAUAGCUCCAAUUUUUCUGAGCUCCUUACAAGGAAUAAUGUUACGUGCGGAGUUAAGAUGUAGAAUUACAUCCGGACACUGCAAAAAUUAGAACGCUGUACUCGUUAUUUUUUGUGCUGUGUUCGGAUGUAGAAUUACAUCCGGAGACUGCAAGCUGAAUAUUUAUAUUAUUCAUGGUUAAAUGAAAAUGUAGAUGAAUACUUUAUAAUACAAAUUAUAUAUAAUUACAAAAUAAAUCCAAGAAA